CGAGGGGAGGCGAGACGAUGCAGCAGCCACACAGACGGAGAGACCGUCUCACACAGAGGACAGAGGAAAGAACAACCAUGACAGCCGCAUGGAGGCAGCUCCCCGUCCUCAUCCUCCUGAUUCUGGCGCCCUGCAGAACCGUCAGCUCAAAAUCUGUGGAUCCAACAACGCAGCCUUUGGUUUCCAUCGCCUCCCAGCCGACGGACACCAGGAGCGUCGUCCUCCAAGAAUCUGUGGAUCAAACGACGCAGACUUUGGUUUCCAUCGCCCCACAGCCGACGGACACCAGGAGCUUCGUCCUCAAAGGUGACACCACAUUUAAGAAUGUCGAGCUGCUGAAUCCUGUCAAUCUGUCACUGGAGUGCGUCUGGACGGGGAGUCAGAACAAACAGCCCAGCAUCACCGGUUACUGGAGGAAAGACGGAGCAGAAGUUCAGGACAGCCGGGUCACAGUGAACCUCAAGGAGCAGCAGUACAACCUCACAAAAGUGUUCAGCAUUGCGAGUGAGGAAAACCUUGGAAAUUACACGUGUGUGUUUGGAAACGAAUUCGAAAUGUAUUUUAUUUUGGGAGCUCCACAGAUGGGCGAGAUCAGAGAUAAGCCCAUCGUCUCCUACGUGGGCGACAUUGUGGUGCUGAUAUGUAAGAUGGAUGAGAAAAAACCAAAACCCAACACUUGGACCUGGUAUAAGUUCAACGGGACUGACAGGGAGGAGAUAUCCGCGGCCACAGAUCCUCACCGCUAUCUGACCAUCAACGACGGCUGGAAGACCAAGCUGAAGGUGAAGAACGUGAGCGAAGCCGACUCCGGCCUGUAUCACUGCGGCGCCGUGUACAACAUCAGCACCAGCAUGACCCACGUGGAGCUGAAGGUAAUCACCAUCAUGGAGCCACUGAAGCCUUUCAUUAGCAUCCUGAUUGAAGUUAUCAUCCUGGUCGCUGCAAUUCUCAUCUACGAGAGGAGUCGUUCCAAGAAAAAGGAAGCGGAAGCCAAUGGCCCUAAUGCUGAGCCAAAGAACGCACAGCCACAGACUGAAGAUAAUGGAGGCGAGAAAAGUUCCUCAGUAAGACAGCGGAAGGCCUAGAACACGUCGGAAGCAGGGAUCCAACAAAUUACCGCGUCUCAAAAACUGUCCUUUUAAUUCUGAAUGUGAUAAGCUUUACAGCAAUAUAUAAACAGCUAUUUCUUUUGUAUAUAUCUUAGUCCUUAACACCAGCUAAGUGCAACGAUCAUCACCUAACCCACUUUCCAUUGACUCACACACACGAACUUCCUGUUUUGACCACGCCGACAGAAGCUCUUUGUGUUUUCACUCCAACGCACUUUUCUGAAACGGAGGUUGCCUUCACAUGUUCCCCUUGCAGAACCUGUCAGUGAACGGAAGCUCUCGUUCACUUUGAAGCUUGAACCCCCCCUCCCCUCCCACAUUUGCAGCUUUAGAGUUGUGGUUUAUGAGCAGUGCCUUAACACUCUCAAAAAGCAAUUGCCUCACUGUUCUCUGUGCCAGCAGCGAUUUUAUUUCUGUCACCUGAAAAGCAGGAGUGCCCAACAUGUUGGUUUUUAAACCUUCACAUGAGCCGCCGUCCGUGAUGGAGAAACGUGUGCGUCGUUGUCAUGCAGACGUCUCAGAAAACACAUUCGGCCUUCACUGUAUAUGCAAGCAAUAACAUUAAAGCUACACAAAGUAA